AAUUUCUCUUUGGGUUUUGAGUUAUUGUGUCAGUUUAUAUUUUGAUUUUUGGUGCUAUUUUUGUCCAAACACUUUUGAUUAUAUGCAGUUUAUGUACCAUUAUUAUGUAAAUAUUAAAGACUGAAGUUCAUAAGCUAAGAAUAUUAUACCUUUCUAACUAAAUAAAACUAUUUGUUAGCUAUAAUGAAUGUGAUUUCACGUGUGAUUAUAAUAACAUUGUUUAUUGUUACCAAAACAAACUGUUUACCUUAUGACGUGCAUUGGCUUGGGGGACCUACAACAAUAGAGAGAGACAUUUCACCUACGAAACAAACUGUUGAUAUUUAUUGUUACUCAGGUUCUGCAAAGAAUUUGUUAACUUUAUGGCAAACAGUUAAGUUUAAUGUAAAGCUAAAGAAUGAUGAAUUUAUUCAAUAUCUUGGUGAUAACCCAGAGCAAGUAUAUAAUGAUUAUACAGAAGACAGCUAUGGCUGGGCAGUUGGAAAUCCAUUUCAAAAGUCAUCCAAAAGUGUAAGCCUUAACAUCUUUACACCAACUUGUAUGGCAAUAAACACUAAACACAAACAUGCCAUUGAGUUACAAAUUCAGAGAGUGGAUAUAUGGAGAGUGUUUCUCAUGGUGGCUGGUAUCACACUGAUAUGUGCCUCUCGAUUGCUAAGUGGCAACCCUGUGUUUUUCUACUUAUGUGGCAUAACUGUCGGGAUAUCUGCUUCCUUUAUGAUCAUACUGUAUUACAUAAGCAAGCUGUUGCCUAAGAAAACUCUGACAUAUGGAAUUCUCAUUGGCGGGUGGACAGUGGGCGUGUAUAUAUUCCACCAGCUAUGGGAGAACCUCCGCAGUAUCGUGGCCGGCUACCAGGCCUACAUGUUCUGGUACACAUUCAUGGCCGGCUUCAUAAGUUUCGUCAUUUGCUACAGAAUCGGUCCGCCCAAGAACCAGCGGAGCAAGAACCUCGUGAUGUGGACAUUACAGAUAGUUGGUUCGUUUGUGACGUUCUUCAGCAGCCAAUACCAGGAGGCGUCCGCCGCGAUUGUCAUAACCGCGUUAGUCGUCAAAUACUUCCCACAGCGGUGGCUGCAUCUCAUACAAGGAUAUUGGCGAAGAAAAUUCCCGCCUAAACCGCGGCUUUUGACGAGUGAAGAAUACUACGAGGAAGGUGCGAGGGAGACGAAGCACGCGCUUGACGAGCUGCGGAAGUACUGCUCAAGCCCGGACUGUGCGCAGUGGCGGGUGAUGUUGAAGCUGCACGACGCUAAACGGACAAGAAGAAUUGAGAAUAGCCCAGAAGGACUGAGGCCUGCCUUCAAACUUACGACGGGAAGAAAUGUCCACACCACCACUAACCCUUCCCGAACUAAUCGCUUUGCAAGUUUUGUCGAAGGCAACUCUCACCUCAGCGAUGAUGAAGUAAUAGACUACGAGUCGUAUGCAUUCUCUAUGGAGCGGACCAAACCCAUUGCCAACUCAACAAGGAAUAACCUGGAAAUAUCCGAUGAUGACUCCUCCGUUGACGAUGAAGACUUAUGAGUGUGGGUCGUGCCUUUGAAGGAAUGUGACGAAAGUUCAUGAUAUCGGUUACUGUGAACAACCCAUCCAUCACCAGGAAUAGAUAAUUCUACUUUUAGAAUUUUAAUGUUUGAGAAAAUUCUUGGUGGCAGGAUUGUGUAGGUAAUUGAUUAUUUGCAUAAGCAAUCAAAUAGUUUAUUGUAAAUAAACCCAAUACUGGAAGCUUCUGAGAAUCUGCCAUUGAGAUGAUGACCCUCACUCAACCAUGAAUAAUUGUCAUUCUAAUAUUAUUUAAUGUAUAGAUAAGGUGAUCUCACAUUAUGGCAUAAUAGUUUACAAUCUUCUAUUUUCUGCUUGUUUUCUCUUUAUUGAUUCUCAAUUUCUCAUAUCUUCAGGAUUUCUUUUAGCACAAAAUGAAUUAAAUAAAAUAACAUUUUGUUAGUAAGUCUUUAUUUAAUUAUAUUAUAUGUUUUAAUAAAUAGCACCAAUGGUGUAAUAAUUUAUUAAUAUAAGGUCACUUGAUUUCAUUACUUAUAAUAUUGUAAGACUGUUUUGAGUUUGUGAUUAUAAAAUUGAAUUAAAUUAUAAACUAUC